CACGAAGUGAAGGCGGUUAGUGGUCAUGUGACCAAAUGUCAGAGUCACGUGAGGAGCUCUGUAAUGGCGGCGGCAGCGGGACUGUGCGUGAGGAGUAGUCGAGAGCUCUGGACGAUAUUACUGGGAAGAUCGGCGCUAAGAGACACUGCUCAGGUUGAAGCUGAAUUGGACCGACAUAGUGACCGGUUACUGACUGGACUUUCAUAUUAUAAGCCGCCUAGUGCAUCUUCUGGGGAUAAGCUGAAGUCUGAUAAGGAAGUGGUGGUACCAUUGAAGGAACUUGGACUACGGAUCAGCAAAUUCUUGAGUCUGGAUGAGCAGCAGAGUGUUCAAAUAUUACAAUCAUAUCUUCAAGAGGAUUACAGGGGCACAAAGGAUUCAAUAAAGGCAGUUUUGCAGGAUGAGAGACAGAGCCAAGCCCUGCAACUAAAGAUUGCAGAAUAUUAUUAUGAAGAAAGAAUUUAUACUCUACGUUGUGUUCUGUACCUACUCACAUAUUUUCAGGAUGAACGACAUCCUUACAGGGCAGAGUAUUCAAAAUGUGUGGACAAGCUGGAGAAGGAACUGGUUACAAAUUAUCGGAAGCAGUUUGAGGAACUAUUCAGAACUGAAGCUCCAACUUGGGAAUCUCAUGGGAAUCUUAUGACAGAACGUCAUGUGUCUCGUUGGUUCAUACAAUGCCUUAGGGAGCAGGCCCUUAUUUUGGAGAUUAUGUUCCUAUAUUAUGCCUAUUUUGAAAUGGGACCUGAAGAUCUACUGGCUUUUGCAAGAAUAUUUAAAGAGCAGGGAUUUGGAGCACGGCAAACAAACAGACACCUCAUAGAUGAAAGCAUGGAUGGACUAGUUGAUCGCAUUGGAUAUUUCAGUGCAUUGAUACUGGUGGAGGGAAUGGACAUUGAUUUCUUACAUAAAUGUGCCCUUGAGGAUAGUGUAGACCGACAUCAGUUUGCUACCACACAAGAGGUUUGCCAGGAGAUGGAUAAGCUGCUGUUGACAUUGGGUGACAUACCACACCAUGCUCCAGUGCUUCUGUCCUGGGCUCUUCUGCGUCAUACUUUGUGUCUCGAUGAAUCAAGUCAAGUAAUUAGGCGCUUGGGGAGCAUUGCUAUCCAACAAAAUGCCUUCCAGUACAUGACACAGAUGCUUAAGGCACUUGGGAGUGGAGGAAACAACUGUACAGCAAGUACUGCACGAAUGUGUAUCUAUGGACUUCUCUCAUUUGUCUUAACAUCGUUUGAAGAAGAAACCUUGGGAGAACAACAGCAUCUGAUUAACCUAGCUUGUGAAGUGUUUGCAGCUCCUAAUCUUGCUGAACUUUUUUGGGAUACAGAACCCACAACGGGUCUUGCUGUCUUGUUGGACAACAAUUGUGGAAUGUUCCCACAAUCCAUGGCACCACUGUUGCAGCUGCUGUCAGCGCUUAUCUCAGACAAAAGCACAGCUAAAAAGGUUUACAGCUUUUUGGACAAAAUGUCAUGUUAUACAGAGCUGUACAAGCAUAAACCAAACGAUGUACUUUCACAUGAGGAUGAAACUCAGUGGAGAAGGCAAACACCAAAACUACUUUAUCCGCUUGGAUCUGGACAGGCCAAUAUACGUAUGCCUCAGGGUACAUAUGGAACUGUGAUGCCUACAGCUCAGGGUUACCUUGUGCGUUGGCAUUACUCAUACAGUGGCUGGACAAUUUUCACUUGUGAGAUUGAGAUGCUGCUACAUGUGGUUUCAACAGCAGAUGUUCUCCUUCACUGCCAGAAAGUCAAACCUAUCAUUGAUCUGGUACAUAGAAUAGUCAGCACAGAUUGGUCUAUUACAGAUUGUCUGCUGCCAAUCACUUCACGUUUGUACAUGUUAAUUCAAAGACUUAGUUCAGUAAUGAAUCCUCCAAUGGAAGUGAUUGCUUCCUGCGUAAAUACCCUGACAGUCCUGGCCACACGGAUGCCAGCCAAGGUGUGGGCAGAUCUGCAGCACACAGGCUUCUUGCCGUACUCUGUGACACAAAUCACUGGGAUUGUUCAGUCUAUCAGUGCCGAAGGAAUGCAAGCAGGUAGUUAUGGUAAUCUCCUGCUGAGCAUUGAGCGACCGCAAGGCAAAUAUAGUGUCACAACGGCCUUUCUGCGACUGGUUAUAACACUUGUCAAGGGCCAAUUAGGAAGUACUCAAAGUCGAGGUCUUAUGCCUUGUGUGGUUUUUGUUUUGAAAGAGUUACUGCCAACCUACCACAAAUGGCGUUAUAAUGUCUAUGGCAUGCGAGAAGAAAUCGGCUGUCUGAUCCUUGAGCUUAUUUAUACCAUCUUGAAUCUGAAUCUUGAAGAGGAAUCACAAGGCAGUCCUCCCAGUCUCCAGGCUAUGUGCACCCAUUGUUUGGCAAAUACAGAAGCAGGACAAGCCAUCAUAAAUAUUAUGGCUAUUGGGGUGGACACCAUUGAUACAGUAAUGGCAGCACAGCCCAGCAGCAGUGGAUCUGAAGGAUCAGGUCAGACUCUCACUCAGACGAUCAAACUGGCAUUUUCCAUCACUAAUAAUGUCAUUAAACUGAAACCAUCAUCAGAUGUGAUCUCACCAUUGGAGCAGGCUCUGACUCAACAUGGUACCCAUGGUAAUAAUUUGAUAGCAAUUUUGGCAAAGUAUAUCUACCACAGGCAUGAUCCUGCUUUGCCACGGCUUGCCAUUCAGCUGCUGAAGAGACUUGCAAUGGUAGCUCCAAUGUCAGUUUAUGCUUGUCUUGGAAGUGAUGCUGCAGCAAUACGUGAUGCAUUUCUUAACAGACUGCAGAGCAAGACGGAGGACAUGAGGAUUAAGGUGAUGAUCCUGGAGUUCUUAACUGUCGCCGUGGAAACACAGCCAGGUUUGAUUGAACUCUUCCUCAAUCUGGAAGUAAACGAUGGUGCAGUUGGAUCAAAGAUUAAUGGCAUGCGUUCACAGGAAUUUAUCCUGGGAGAAUGGAGCUGUCUGCAGGUGGUACUGGAAUUUAUUGACUCCAAGCAACAAGGGAAAUAUUGGUGUCCUCCUCUUAUCCACCGUGCAGCCAUUGCAUUUUUGCAUGCGUUGUGGCAGGACCGCAGAGACAGUGCUAUGACUGUUCUAAGAACCAAGGAUCGAUUCUGGGAAAAUUUGACAUCUGUGCUAUUUGGAGAACUACCAGCUCCUGCUGACAUUACAGAGAAGAGUGUCCUAGAAACGUGUGCCUUCACGCUGAAGAUCAUCUGCCUGGAAAUAUACUAUGUUGUCAGGGGUUCUCUGGACCAGUCCUUAAAGAACACAUUGAACUUGUUCUUUGAUAAGAAGCGAUAUGAAUAUUGGUCUGAAUAUAUCAAAUCACUUGUCAUUUACAUGACUGAGACAGAUACUGACGGAGCCUCCACAUUUCUAGAAUUCCAUAAGUUGAUAUCGGCAUGGCGAAUGUUUCUUGUUCUGGCUACCAGCUACGAGGACGUGAUGCAUCUAUGCGAUUGUCCAUUAAGGUUGCAACUGCUACAUGAUGUUCUUGAAGCAACCAAGAUUUUGCUGACAGCUCCCUUAUCUGCUCCCUGUCUGCGAAUGGGAUCAAUGCUGGCAACGCUGCUUUUAAUUCUAUUGAAACAAUGGAAACGUGUAAUUGUUAACAUAUCUAAAAUCCUGGACCCCUUGGAUCAAAUUCUAGAAAGCCUCUCACAGAGCAACCAGUACUUCAUGGAGAAGACAAAGGCAAAAAUAUAUUCUGCUAUCAUAAUUACCAUUCAGAUCAAGCAAUUACGAGUUAGUGACUUCCCCCAGUAUUCCCAAAUGCUGCUAACUGUGUGCGAGACCAUACAUAAUGAAGCGAUUGUUCUACUGGACCAAACACAUCAUGCCCUUACAACUGAUAGUGCCUUAUUUGAUGACAAAGAUAGUAUGGAAACGGAUUGUGCACCACGAUUACAGCAUAAGGACCAGAAAGAUGGGGUAUGUGUGCUAGCACUCCAUCUUGCAAAGGAACUCUGUGAAAUGGAUGAGGGUGGUGACCAAUUAGUUUCAAUUACUCGCACAGUUCCUUUUCUUCCUGCUAUGCUGAGUGCCUUGGAACUUAGUCUUCGAGUCAAACAGAACCUACAUUUUGCAGAGGCAUCCCUGCAUUUGCUUUUGAGCCUGGCGAAAACAGAACAGGGAGCAACUGCAGUGGGAGGAGCUGGUGUCCUGCCAAGCAUUUGUCUGCCACUUCUCAGUGUUUAUCAGCUCAGUGCCAAUGGCACCACUCAGACUUUGGGAUCUUCCCGAAAAUCUCUGGAUGCUCCAUCCUGGCCAGGAGUUUAUAGGCUCACUAUGUCAUUGAUGGAAAGACUUUUAAAGUCGCUACGCUACAACUUCCUCACAGAAGCAUUAGAUUUUGUUGGAGUCCAUCAGGAGCGGAUACUUCAGUGCUUGGAUGCAGUUCGAAAGGUGCAGAGCUUGGCUUGUCUCGAUGAAGUUGAUCAUACGGUUGGAUUUAUUCUUCAACUUUCCAACUUCAUCAAAGAGUGGCGGUUUCACCUGCCGCAGCUGCUUAGAGAUGUGCAGGUAAAUCUGUGUUACCUCUGCCAGACAUGUACCUUUCUGCUACAUAGCCCCAAAGUGCUUCAACACUAUCUGCAGGUGAAGAAUGGAGAUACAAUUCCACCUGCAAUUGUACCUCGGCAGUCAAAACCUGCUCAGACACCCAAAAAACAGCAGGACAUAGAAAGAGAUGAGAUGGAACAGCGUGCAGUGCUAAAAGUCCAAUCCAGUCUGCUCCGAAUUCUGAGCAAAACAUUGGCAGCUAUUCGACACUUUACCCCAGAUCUAUGCCAGAUAUUGCUAGACCAGUCCUUGGACCUGGCAGAAUAUGAUAUGCUCUUUGUUUUGAGCUUUACAACUCCAGCAUUUGAUUCUGACAUUGCUCCAUCAUUUGGAACUCUUCUUGCAACUGUGAAUGUUGUUCUGAACAUGCAGGGAGAGAUCGAUAAGAAGAAGGAACCAAUGUCGUUAAAUGUGAUACCACUAACUUCACCUGAAGAGACAAAAUCUUUGAAGGCCCUUUUGAGGUUCACGAUGGAAAAUUGUUUCUAUGCAUUGAUUUCACAAGCGGUGCGGUAUCUGAAGGAUCCAUCUGUGCACUCGCGAGACAAGCAGAGGAUGAAGCAGGAGCUGAGCUCGGAACUGAGUACAGUCCUGUCCAGUAUUUCUCGCUAUUCUCGUCGUGGGGCACCAUCGUCUCCUGCUGCAGCCUUACUGCUGUCUCCUUCCAACAAAUCCACCAGCUCUACAUCCAAGUGUCCAGAAAGCCAGGAACCCUUAAUUCAGCUGGUCCAGGCCUUUGUUCGACAGAUCCAGAGAUAAUAAGGAGCAAAUAAACCUCAGAUUUUAAUGCUCUGCAAUUCUCAAUGAAUAUAACUUAAAUUGCAAUAUUUUUCACUGUCAGUUUGCUUUUUACUGACCAAAGCUAAUGUGAAUACAAAUGAAAAAAUGGAUUGGUGUGUGAAACAGAACAAUUGGUAACUUAAAUUUAUUCUUGAAAACACAUUUUUGUGUAUGUUUUUAAAUGUACCAUUUGUCUCAAAGUUAAAGAUAGGUAGAAUUAAGUUACAUAAUAUAACGCAAUAGCUUAUUAGGAUCAAUAGCAGCUGUUUCUAAACAACAGAAUUGUACAAAAGCAUUCUUCAAUACAUGUGAGAGAUCCACAUCAUGUGAUAAGAAAUCUUGAGACUUUUUCCAAUGUUGUAAAAUUGUAGCAGGAAAGGUAGGAGUAAAGCUUCCUAGAUAAUAUUUUUUAUAUAGCAUCUUUAAACUCCAUUUACUUAGAUUUAAAACACUUCCUCCUAGUUGAAAGAUAGCCAGUGGAAGUUACUGUGAUAACAAUCGGCACCUAAUUGGUCACCGGUGUUCUGAGCAUCACUGUUUUAUUUUUGGCCAUCAAGAAAAUGCAUUCCAGAUUGGUAGAGCCAUUAUAGUUUACAGCUAUUUAUUACUUUAUAUGCCCUGUAUUUCAGCCUUUGGGCUUUUCUUGCAAAGCUUACCAAAGAAUCCUGAAUAUGUACUUCCAGCUGUUUUGUCUUCAUUACUAUCUGCUGUUUUUAGUCUGAUAAAGAGAACUAAGUACUAGUCCUAGAAACUAUUUCAGGAGAGCUGUUGAAACGUGUUUGGGCAAAGCAAUUUUAGUCACUUAAACAGUUAGUCCUGAGGUUCAGAUAAGUGAAAUAUUUCUUUGUCAGAAAAAAAAGGGAAAAAAAAAAGGCUUUGCAUAUUCUUGUAAAAGGUGCUCUCGUUUUCAUUGAGGGUUUUUGCAAUAAUUGAUGAUGAUUAGAAGCAACCAACGACAAUGUCUUCUCGGGAGGCUCUAAAACGAGAAUAAUGUAUCAGUUGAUAUUGAUGAUUACUUUACUAGGGAAGAUUAUACCCAAAUGUUACCUAAAGGUAAAUGUAAUUUUGCUUGAGCAUUGGCUAAGAUUGCCAUUGAAAAAAAAUCUUAUUUUGAGGUUAAUUAUGUUCUAACAAUAUUAUAGUUAUUUAUCAGCCUGGGCUUCCAGUUUCACCAAAUGGUUUGACACGAUUUGUAUUUAAUGGAUAGAAUAGUGGGGGUGGUUUGCUGACUGAGAUGCCAAGAUAUUCAAGCCGUUUAAAAAAUAUUUCAUGACAUCCUCCCAUCUUAUAAUUAUUCACCAUGGCAAAGUGCUAUUGAAUGUAAAUUCCAAAGCACUUGCUAAAUAUUUUUAAAAAGCUUGUGGUCCCCAAAAUAAAGAGAAAAAAAAAGACUUUGUGACUAAACCAAAUUCUGCAAAGAAAUGUCAAAAUAUUAGUGAAAACUUUGGAAACAAAUCAUUAUUGUAGAAUUUUACAUCUGCCCAAUGAUCAUGUAUUUAGUAAAAGACGGUUUGAUUCAAGGAUGCAUGUCAUAAUCUCUAUUCAUGAAAUUGCCAUAUGUGUUGUAACUCAAUUGGUAAAACCAUUCUGAGGUGGCUCUUGAUUUACGGCUAAACACAAACCAUAGAUACCCAGAUUAACUACUGUAAACUCAAUAAUGUGCUCUUUCAAGAACGGUUGGCUUACAUUAGAUUUAAGUAGUGGACUUUUGUUUUCUUUUACUGCCAUGCACAGUAUUGAAAAUUUAUACUUAAGUAUUUUCACAGAAAACUUUAGUCAAAAUCUGUUUAAUUUCACCUACAACAUAGUGUGAAAUUAUAUAUUUAAUUUAGUGUCAGACUUUUUUUCUUGUGUCACGUUUUGUUUGAUAGAUAUAGGAGUAGGAAAUUGAUUAAUACUGGUGCUCGAUACUUAAUCAAUUUGCACUAUUACUUGGAGCUUAUGCAUUGCAGUUUUCAGUUACAUGGGGAAAACAACCUUGCACUCCAGCAAAACUAAAUAUUUCACUAUUCUAUUGCUGAUUUUUGACAGUCACCUUUGUUGAUAGCAUAUCUAAGUUAGUUUUAAGGCUUGACUAAUCAUAGCAAUCUUGACAGAGUAUGUAUAAUAAUAACUAAAAGUUUGGCACCGUCAGGUUUGGGAUUUGUGUCUUAAACCAAUGCUGUCACAGGUAAAAUUGUCUUCUGAGAUUUUCCAAAACACAGUGUAAUGGAAAUCAAGGGGAUUGUUUACUUUAAAAAAAAUUGGGUAAAAGAAACACUGAUUUACAGUUUAAAUUAAAAUAUGUAUUCCCAAUAAUGGCAAAAAGGUAUGAAAAUAGUCAGCUAGUUAAGUAAAGACAGCAGUUGAUGCUAAACAAUGCAGUAUCAAAUUCAAUCAGUCCUGCCUGAUUUCAUUUUAAAUUGUUCAAUAAAAACCUAAAUCUCUACGAAGUACAUUUAAGAACCAUGGGGAAAUUGAUGUAUAAAGUUAACAGGUCAUAACUGUCAGGAGGACAAGUUGAUUUGAACUGAGGUGGAUGAUAAGCUCAGAUUUGUUUUUUUAAAGACUAAUUCAUCGAUAAUGUUAAUAACAGAAAUCAUUGUAGAGAGUUGCAUAUACCUUUUGGUUCAUCUAGUUUGUAAAUGUUUUUAAAACCUAAGUAGUGCCCUUAUUCAAGUGUUUUUGGGGUCUGAUAAAGACAUUGAAGGAGUAUUUAAAGCUUGUUUGGACCUGCAUGCAAGUUGCUUUUUUUUUAUCAUGUAAAUACAAGUUCCAGCGUUACCACAUUCUAGCAAAGAUUUGUAUUGUGUGUUGGACUGUCCUGCUUUCUUUACACAAUAGAAUAGAAAUUGAACCAAGUAGUUUAAAUUCAUGAAUAAAUUGACAUACAUCAAUAUGUUCACUUAUUGCAUCAUUGAUAUAAGUAUUUUUGUACUUUAACAUUGUUGAUUUGAGCUUUCCCUGUACUGCUUUUCCAAUUUUCUCAAGAAGCAGCAUGAACUAAAGUGAUAUUUCUGUUCUGCA